AUGGAAUGGAAUGGAAUGGAAUGGAAUGGAAUGGCAUGGCAUGGCAUGGCAUGGCAUAACUUGCCACCACCACAAUGUCAUCCUAUGAACGAAUCGCACAUAGCACACAGCUCAUCUACUCGUCCAUUCCCUCAGCCCUCUCUCGAGUCCCUCCAUCCUCGUCCCCUCCCCUCCCCUCUCAUUACGCCCGAAGACAACCCGACAAUCCCAACAGCAGCAGAAGUGCCACUGACACAUACAUAUCUUUCUUCAAAAAGGAAGGCAAAAAUCGAAGGACACGUGAAGGAUGGAUUGAAAAGAAGAGUAAUGGAAGAGGGGGCAAUAGGCGAAGAGGCUGGUUUUGGCGCGAAACAGCUGAUUUAUGGUAAUGAGGGACCGUCGGAGUUAGAAUGUUCUAGAAUGAUUAUAUUUGUGUUAUAUGAGGCAAUGAAAUAA